CACAGUAAACUGAUUCCUUGAAUAGCAGAGCAGCCUAUUAUAGUAUCUAAUCUAUUUCUAUAACCCUGGAAAAAUAUUGUCAGUACUCCAGGAAUCCUGAUUUGUUCAGUGACCAGGAAGUAUGUUUCGGAUGCUUUUGAGUUUUACUAAACCAUAGCCUUCCCAAUUGCCUUUAAAGGACUAUGUACCCCCAUCUAAAUAUGGGCAUGAGCUCGCGAUGGAUUUCAAGGAAUGUCCGAGCACCACAAACCAGGGCUAAUAGUCCAUCGCGUCUCGCCCUGCUCCUCGAGUUUCUUUCAACAUCCAGAAAGGCUUCAAUUUGACUCCUUUUUGUCCUCCAUCUACUAUUUCUAUUUUAUUCACAUUUGACUGGUAAAGUAAGUCAAAAACGCACGGAUAACGUUAUCUUCAGCAUAUUCUUCUGAAAUCUGCGUUAAUACUGACAGCGACCAUGUCAAGGAGGAAAGUGAAGGGACUCACUAAAACCGGCAGACAGGUGAGUGAGGACCCGGAACUCGACAGUUUACUGUCAAACCUGUCGACUGCAGAAAUGGAAGAGUUGGAGAAAGAGGUGUCGGUUGUUCCCGAUCCAGAUCCGAGUGAAAUUAUCGUUGUGGACCAAACGGAUUUAAAACCAAGCGCUCCGGUUAGAAAGGAAUCGCAACUGAGCAGCCAGACCGACGACUUCAAAUCCCGCUUCCAGAGAAACCUGACAACUGAGGUAGAGCCGAAGAAGGAGAGCCGGAAGCAAGAGUAUCUGCGUAAGAUGGGCCUGAGCCAAGAGAAAAAUAUCUCUGCAUCUGACAGCAGAGAUGGAGGACUUCAGAGGACGUCCUCCACCUCUUCCUUCCCUAAACGUGAUGGUAGAUUGGAGGACAGGACCCGCAGAGUCACAGAAGGCACCAGAGAUGAAAAAUUCGGCCCAUCUGCUGUUUCCAAGAGAGACGAGGAGAUUGAGAAAAAAAAUGACACAAAGGACCAAAACGAUGGGAGUAGAUUAAGAGACAGAAGAGAGAUGAGAGAAAGUAGCAGCAGCAAAACCAAAGAAUUAAUUUCCAAGCUUCAAGAGAAAAAGGAGGAUAGUAAAGAGAAAAAUAAAAAAGAAGACAGAGGGAAGAGGGAAUCUGGAGAAAGUAGAGCAAAGGAGAUGAUUUCUAGGAUACAAGAGAAAGAGGAGAAGGAACGGGAGAAAAAGGAAGAGAUUAGAAAGAGAGAGGAGACUAAGAGUAAAGGCUAUUUAUCCAGGUUAGAGGAGAAUCAAAAUCAGGUUCAUGAAGACAAGACGAAAGAAGAGAAUAAGCACAGGGAUGAAAAACAAAUAAGGUCAAGCGAAAAGGUAAAAGAGACUACUGCAUUGUCUGAAAAUAAAGAGAAAGAAUCUGAAAAUGUAAAAAGGCUUCAGGAAUGCAAUGCAAAAUCAAGUGACAAAGGAAGAGGGGAUGUUCAGAAACACAAUGAAAAUGUAAAUGAAGUUCAUAAACCAAAAGAAGAGAAAAUUGAAAACUGUGUCUCGGACACUAUUUUGAAAGGUAAGACCAAAGAGGAGGAAGAAGAUGACGAGUCAGCCAGCAUGUUUGAUGAAGAUCUGGAAAAAGUUCGUCGCAAUGACCCAGGCAUGACUGAUCUCAACGUGAACAAUUCUGAGGUCAUAAAAACCAAAACUCUUAUUCAGUUCUCUGAGGCAUUGAAAAACAACACGCACAUCAAAGCAUUUUCUUUGGCAAACUGUCGCGCUGAUGACCAUGUGGCUUACGCUAUUGCUGACACCUUACGCAACAACAAAAGCAUCACUAGCAUCAAUCUGGACUCCAAUCUUCUUACUAGCAAAGGCAUCAUGUCUCUGAUUCAAGCCCUUCAACACAACUCCACACUCACUGAGCUACGUUUCCACAACCAGCGACACAUUAUCGGAGGAAAAUCUGAGAUGGAGAUGACCAAAAUUUUGAAAGAAAAUACCACUCUACUAAAACUAGGUUAUCACUUUGAGUUAGCUGGACCUCGUAUGACCAUGACCAAUAUUCUUAGUCGGAAUAUGGACCGUCAGCGGCAAAAACGGCUCCAGGAGCAGAAGCAAGCUCAAGCACAAGGAGCUGGAGACAAGAAAGAUUCAUUAGGAGUUCCAAAACCCAGCUUUGGUAAAGGCUCCCCCAGAGCAUCACCAAUACCUUCACCCAUACCGUCACCUGCUCCGUCACCCAAGUUGACUCAUAAGAAAAGGGUAAGUGGGCUUGUUGGUGGACCACCACCUCCUCCACCACCACCUGGAGGACCACCGCCACCUCCACCACCAAUGCUGGACGGAGACUUUCUGAAGAACUCCUUAACGCCUGUGUCUCAGAGGAAGCUGGACGACAGGAGUGGAGGAAGAGGAGCAGCUCAAAACACACGGGACCAACUUCUAGCUUCCAUUAGGAACAGCAAUGUUAAGCAGCUCAAAAAGGUUGCAGUACCAAAGCUUUUGCAGUAAGUGCAAAGAGAUAGAUGUGGAUAAAGAAAAAGCCAGGAAUGAAAGGACAGACAUCUCACAGACCUUGAGAAGAUCAUUGCUCAGAAUCUUCCAUACAGAGUCUUACUACAGUUAAGAGGACAGGCAAAG